CUUACAACCCCGGCUCCUGGACUUCACUCCAUUCACGCCAGCACUGACCUGUUUCCAUAUUCUCUCGAUGCUUAUUGCUUAUCUGAACAGUCCCUUCUGGUUCUUCGAACCACGCUGUGCAGCAACCCACCGUUUGAACCAUUGCCUAAUGACAGGACAUUUCACCCACUGACCGGUAUGCCUUUGGUCUGUGGGCAGAAACCGGAGCAUCUGAGGGAAGGAAUGGAGAAACUCUCUUCCAGAGGACAUGGGAAUUGAACUGUCAUCUCUGAGCUGUAAUAACAUUGCACUCAGCACGACGCUCGCAUGUCAUGAUGUUUGGUGCGUUUGUGGCCACAGUCCAGCAGCACUCCAACGCCGCAGAGUCGUAAACAGCGAGUACUCUGACCGCGUGUGGAGAGUGGGGAGGGUGUCGCCUCUGGUUCGAGUCUCUGCUCCUCAGGUUGUGGCUGCACCUCUGCCUCACUCCUGUAGAGGGGUGGGGGUGGGGGAUAAGUGGGACGUGAGUUGCUCAGGACUACGGGUGGGUCUGCUGCCUGGGCGUGGCGUACCCAAGAUGGCUGUUCCUGGAUCCAGGUGACCACCAGUCAGUGGCUCUGCCGGAACCGACUGCCAACGCUGCCUCCUGUUCCAGGGUUAGGUCCUUGGGGAGAGAAUAUCCAGUCACUAUGGAUACUGUGGUGGAUUUCCGGAAUCAGUGGCUCCCCAGGGAAAUGAGAAUUUUUCUGUGUUAUACAUAGUAGUAACCAUAUUUGAAUUUGAAAUUGUUAACAGUCUUGUAAAUUCCUAAUGUUGGCAUUUUACGUGUGAAUAAACUGUCAUUUUGUAAAAAAAACACUCGAACCCCACUGUGGCUCCAGUUGUAAUAGUGGCACAAUUCCAGAAGCUUCUCUUACUACUGCAGUAUUUGAGCAAGUGCUUUCUCAAUGGUUUAACUAGAAAAGGCACUACGAAAGUGCAAUGUCAGCAAAAUCGUGAGGACUUUAAUAUGCAGGAAACUGGGAAAAUCAAGUUGGUGCUGAUUUUCGAUCUCAAGAGAGAGAAUUUUUAGAAAGCCUUUGAGAUUGGCUUUUUAGAGCAGCUCGUGGGUGAGCAAAGUAAGUGAUUCUAGAUGGGGUGUUUUACAACGGUGUGGGCAGCAUGUGGGGGUGUGGGCAGUGUGUGGGGGUGUGGGCAGUGUGUGGGGGUGUGGGCAGUGUGUGGAUGGGGUGUGGACAGUGUGUGGGGGUGUGGACAGUGUGUGGAUGAGGUGUGGACAGUGUGUGGGGGUGUGGACAGUGUGUGGAUGGGGUGUGGACAGUGUGUGGGGGUGUGGACAGUGUGUGGAUGGGAUGUGGACAGUGUGUGGAUGGGGAGUGGACAGUGUGUGGAUGGGGUGUGGUCAGUGUGUGGAUGGGGAGUGGACAGUGUGUGGGGGUGUGGACAGUGUGUGGAUGGGGAGUGGACAGUGUGUGGAUGGGGAGUGGACAGUGUGUGGAUGGGGUGUGGACAGCGUGUGGAUGGGGAGUGGACAGCGUGUGGAUGGGGUGUGGGCAGUGUGUGGGGGUGUGGACAGUGUGUGGAUGGGGUGUGGACAGUGUGUGGAUGGGGUGUGGACAGUGUGUGGGGGUGUGGACAGUGUGUGGAUGGGGUGUGGACAGUGUGUGGAUGGGGAGUGGACAGUGUGUGGAUGGGGUGUGGUCAGUGUGUGGAUGGGGAGUGGACAGUGUGUGGGGGUGUGGACAGUGUGUGGAUGGGGAGUGGACAGUGUGUGGAUGGGGAGUGGACAGUGUGUGGAUGGGUUGUGGGCAGUGUGUGGAUGGGAUGUGUGGACAGUGUGUGGAUGGGGUGUGGACAGUGUGUGGAUGGGGUGUGGACAGUGUGUGGAUGGGGAGUGGACAGUGUGUAGAUGGGGAGUGGACAGUGUGUGGAUGGGGAGUGGACAGUGUGUGGAUGGGGUGUGGUCAGUGUGUGGAUGGGGUGUGUACACCGUGUGGAUGGGGUGUGGUCAGUGUGUGGGGGUGUGGUCAGUGUGUGGAUGGGGAGUGGACAGUGUGUGGAUGGGGAGUGGACAGUGUGUGGAUGGGGUGUGGUCAGUGUGUGGAUGGGGUGUGGUCAGUGUGUGGAUGGGGUGUGUACACCGUGUGGAUGGGGUGUGGUCAGUGUGUGGGGGUGUGGUCAGUGUGUGGAUGGGGUGUGGUCAGUGUGUAGAUGGUGUGUGUACACCGUGUGGAUGGGGUGUGGUCAGUGUGUGGAUGGGGUGUGGACAGUGUGUGGAUCAGGUGUGGGAAGUGUGUGGAUGGGGUGUGGACAGUGUGAUGGGGUGUGGACAGUGUGUGGUCAGUGUGUGGGGGUGUGGUCAGUGUGUGGUCAGCGUGUGGUCAGUGUGUUGGGGUGUGGUCAGUGUGUGGACAGUGUGUAGAUGGUGUGUGUACACCGUGUGGAUGGGGUGUGGACAGUGUGUGGACAGUGUGUGGUCAGUGUGUGGUCAGCGUGUGGUCAGUGUGUGGGGGUGUGGUCAGUGUGUGGUCAGUGUGUGGGGGUGUGGUCAGUGUGUGGUCUGCGUGUGGUCAGUGUGUGGGGGUGUGGUCAGUGUGUGGUCAGCGUGUGGUCAGUGUGUGGGGGUGUGGUCAGUGUGUAGAUGGUGUGUGUACACCGUGUGGAUGGGGUGUGGUCAGUGUGUAGAUGGUGUGUGUACACCGUGUGGCUGGGGGGUGUGGACAGUGCAGAUGCAGGCGAGUAGCAGUCGAAGCCCAUUGAGCCACUUGCCUGUGAGUAAUCGAGCUUGUUUUCAGUAAUGAAAGGGUUAAUAUAAGAGGAAGGUUUGAUUGCUCUGGUCUGGACUUGGGAAUAAUGAGGGCCGGGGGUAUCUAAUUGAAAUCGAUUGAAUUUUGAAAAGCCUUGAUAGAAUGGGCAUCAAAUGGGGGGAGUCUAAGACUACAGGACGCAGCCUCAGAUUAGUGGGACAUCCAUCUAUGAACUUUGUAGUUUGCAGGUAAGGAGAGAUUUCUGUAGCCA